AUGACCGACAAGUUUGAACGCCCUGGAAAGCAUUGGAACAUUGAUCAUCUAGGUCCACUGCCAGUCACCGAGAAGGGUAAUCGAUACAUCUUAUGCUUUCGGGACCCGUUCUCCAGGUACUUGGUAGCCGAAGCCGUGGAAAGCCAGAAUGCUGAAACAAAAACUGAGACUUUCAUCAAUCGAGUCAUAUCUGUGCAUGGAGUGCCUGAAUCAAUCACGACCGACUGUGGAACAGCUUUCACCUCAACUGUGUUCAAGGAAUCGAUGAAGAAACUUGGAAUCCACCACAAAUUGGCCGCUCCUUACCAUCAUGCAUCCAAUGGAAUCGUUGAACGCGCCAAUCGUACGAUCGAGGAAUGUCUCUCUGCAUACGUCAAUGCCAGCCAAAGCGAUUGGGAUGAGUUUUUACCAUUGACCAUAUUCUCAAUAAACAACACCCCUGACAAGACGACGAAGUUGGCUGCGUCGGAAAUAAUCUUCGGACGAAAGCCGGACAUCCCUGAGAACAACGUUCUGAAGACCCGUUAUCACUACGGCGAGGACUACAAUUCGAAAUUGCAGAACCGACUACAGCUACUCUGGGAACAAUGCAGGGAAAAGAACAAGAAGACUUCACCCCAGUAUGGCAGGAUCAAUGAGAGACAAUUGAAAGCCGGAGACAGCAUUUUGGUGCAACGACAACAACCCGAGAACAAGCUAGCUCCGAAACUCAAAGGCCCGUUCAAAGUGCUCGAGAUCAAAGGAAAGAACGUUCAUUUCGCUGAUGACAGGAAGAUCAUUAGAACAGCGCACAAAGACGAAAUGAGAGGACUGCCUGGCCCGAAGGCUGAAGACGGAAUUGAGAGACACCCAUGUGGGCAAAAACCACGAAGAUCAAAAAGAAUUGCUGAGAAGAAGGGAGAGUGA